CCUGUAUGAGGCCGGGCCUGAGGCGCCUUCGCUCGGCAUCCCCCCACCCCCUCUCCCACCUCCCGGCGCCCGCCGGGGCUUGGCCUUCCCUGCGGGUUCCUGCGCUGACAUUCAGCGGGCAGGUCGGGAGGUCGAGAGCGUGCGGAGGGGGUCCGCGCGAGGGCUUUGGGCUCUGACGGCCGGGUCCCAGGGGUCCGACCGCUUCCUAGAAGCGUUUCUAGGCCCAGGGAAGCCUUUCUGCCGAGGAGGGGAAGCCAGAUCCGGGGGCGGACGACGAGAAAUCAGGCUAAGAAAUGGCAUUUCAAAAGGCAGUGAAAGGGACUAUUCUUGUUGGAGGAGGUGCUCUUGCAAGUGUUCUAGGCCUCUCUCAGUUUGCUCAUUACAGAAGGAAACAAGUGAACCUGGCCUAUGUGCAAGCAGCAGAGUGCGUUUCAGAACCUGUUAACAGGGAGCCUCCCUCCCGAGAAGCUCAGCUACUGAGUUUGCAGAACACGGCGGAAUUUGAUAUCCUCGUCAUUGGAGGUGGAGCAACGGGAUGUGGCUGUGCCCUGGAUGCUGUCACCAGAGGACUAAAAACAGCCCUUGUAGAAAGAGAUGAUUUCUCAUCAGGGACCAGCAGCAGAAGCACUAAAUUGAUCCAUGGUGGUGUGAGAUAUCUUCAGAAGGCUAUCAUGAAGUUGGAUAUUGAGCAGUAUAGGAUGGUAAAAGAAGCCCUUCACGAGCGUGCCAACCUACUAGAAAUUGCUCCCCAUUUAUCAGCUCCGUUGCCUAUAAUGCUUCCUGUUUACAAGUGGUGGCAGCUACCUUAUUACUGGGUAGGAAUCAAGCUAUAUGAUCUGGUUGCAGGAAGCAAUUGCCUGAAAAGCAGUUAUGUCCUCAGCAAAUCGAGAGCCCUUGAACAUUUCCCAAUGCUCCAGAAGGACAAACUGGUAGGAGCAAUCGUCUAUUAUGACGGACAACACAACGAUGCACGGAUGAACCUUGCCAUUGCCCUCACUGCUGCCAGGUACGGGGCUGCCACAGCCAAUUACAUGGAGGUCGUGAGCUUGCUCAAGAAGACAGACCCCCACACGGGGAAAGAGCGAGUGAGCGGUGCACGGUGUAAGGACGUGCUCACAGGGCAGGAAUUUGAUGUGAGAGCCAAAUGCGUUAUCAAUGCUACGGGACCUUUCACAGACACCGUGCGCAAAAUGGAUGAUAAGAACGCCGCAGCUAUCUGCCAGCCGAGCGCUGGUGUCCACAUUGUGAUGCCUGGUUAUUACAGCCCAGAGAGCAUGGGACUGCUUGACCCAGCAACCAGCGAUGGGCGAGUAAUUUUCUUCUUACCCUGGCAAAAGAUGACAAUAGCAGGCACUACCGACACUCCAACGGAUAUUACACACCAUCCCAUCCCUUCGGAAGAAGAUAUCAAUUUCAUUUUGAACGAAGUGCGUAACUACCUGAGUUGUGAUGUUGAAGUGAGAAGAGGGGAUGUCCUGGCAGCAUGGAGUGGUAUCCGUCCCCUUGUUACAGAUCCCAAGUCUGCAGACACUCAGUCCAUCUCCAGAAAUCAUGUUGUGGAUAUCAGUGAGAGCGGCCUCAUCACUAUAGCAGGUGGGAAGUGGACAACGUAUCGCUCUAUGGCAGAAGAUACCAUAAAUGCUGCUAUCAAGACUCACAAUCUGAAAGCAGGGCCAAGCAGAACGGUUGGGCUUUUCCUUCAAGGAGGCAAAGAUUGGAGCCCCACACUCUAUAUUCGGCUUGUCCAGGAUUACGGCCUUGAAAGUGAGGUUGCACAGCAUCUGGCCGCCACCUAUGGGGACAAGGCUUUUGAGGUGGCCAAAAUGGCAAGCGUAACCGGAAAAAGGUGGCCUAUAGUGGGAGUGCGUCUUGUGUCAGAAUUUCCAUACAUUGAAGCAGAGGUGAAAUACGGGAUUAAGGAGUAUGCCUGCACGGCAGUGGAUAUGAUUUCACGGCGUACUCGCCUGGCUUUCCUAAAUGUCCAGGCCGCAGAGGAAGCCCUUCCCAGGAUUGUUGAACUGAUGGGCAGAGAACUGAAUUGGGAUGAUUAUAAAAAAGAGGAGGAACUUGAAACAGCCAGGAAGUUUCUGUAUUAUGAAAUGGGCUAUAAAUCUCGAUCAGAACAGUUAACAGAUCGCUCUGAAAUUAGCCUACUGCCUUCAGACAUCGACAGGUACAAGAAGAGAUUUCAUAAGUUUGAUGCAGACCAAAAGGGCUUUAUUACUAUUGUUGAUGUUCAGCGUGUGUUAGAGAGUAUCAAUGUCCAAAUGGAUGAAAAUACACUACACGAAAUUCUGAAUGAAGUAGAUUUAAACAAAAAUGGACAGGUUGAACUCAAUGAGUUUUUGCAGCUGAUGAGUGCUAUUCAGAAAGGAAGGGUGUCUGGAAGCCGGCUUGCUAUACUCAUGAAAACUGCAGAAGAGAACCUUGAUAGAAGAGUCCCCAUUCCAGUGGACCGAAGUUGUGGAGGAUUGUGAGUCUGGGCAGUAAAUCCACAGCCAACAAACAAGGGAGCAACAAAUCAUCACGUAAAACCAGAGAUGACUUAACACCACUCCAAAAUAGUGGAUAUGGAUAGCUGCCUUUUUUUUUUUU